AUGGCCUCCGAGUUCAUAGGCUACAAUGUACUCGUGACCCUGCAAGUGCCGCCAGGUGGGAAGCUUCAAGGGCAGGUUGCCAACGUGAUUGGGCAGACUCUACUGCUUAAAAAUGUCACACUCCUGUGGAAUGGCCAGCGCCAUGCUCAAUACUCAAUCGAUGCCUCUGCCAUUACUGAUCUGUCACUCGAGUCGACUAAACCAGCUCCGCAGCAGCAGCAGCAGCAGCAGCACCAGCACCUUUCACAGAGACCUCAAGUGGCUGCACCUGCUUCACAGGGAGCCCCUCCGCAGCCCUUUGCCGACCCCGCCAUCCUGAGCUUCUCCAAGCCCCCUUCCCAGCUCCCCGCACAGACUCAGUUCAUGAAGCCGAAUGUUGCACAGGGUCCAGUCUCUGUUAGCGCAGCCUUGACCGAACCAUUUAGCAACUUGGAGCUCAAUACGGGAGUUGCGCAAGCUGGAGGUCAUGGAGCCUUGCAUGCAAGGGAGCCUCAGGUUGCACAGAGCGUGACGACGCCCACUAAACAGACACAGAAGCGAAGCCGGCGCGGAAAUGACGAGGGAUUCAUCAAGCAUGGCACUGCGGCAAGCACAAACCCCAAGAGCAAAGGCUGGCGCCAAACUGCAUUUGUGGAACCUGCCUCUUCAGCCAACCAUGGAUCACCCGAACAUGGAGUCCAGCCAGGCGCAAAGCUCCGCAAGAAGAAGUCGCGCCGUGCUUACGCCGAAGACCCUAGUGGGUGGGCUACGGAGGAUGCAACCGAUAUCCAAGAACUCGGGGAAUUCGAUUUCCAAAGCAACCUGUCCAAGUUCGACAAGCGACGUGUGUUUGAGGAGAUCCGCAAUGAUGAUACCACGGCCGACGAGGCUCGCCUGGUCAGCUUCAACCGUCGGCCAAAGCCCGGCACGAACGGUGGAAAAAACCUCCACUGGACGGAGAACGUGCUCGAUAGCCCUCCGAACAGCGACACUGGCGACGAUGUCGACGUGAUUAGUGAUGCCAGACUCAGUAGCGAGAAUAUUUCAGGACGUGAUCGGUCAAGAGCUUCUGGGCGCAUCCAAACCUCUCGCAAGAGUAGUACGGUCAUGGCACAGCCAAUGGUGCCUCAAAUCAGUGCGCUCAGCCGCAGCCAGAUUAACACCUCCCGAGCUGCGAGCCCUCGGCCAAGCCGAUCUUCGGGGUCGCCUAUGGUUGGGGUCAACCCCGCUGGUGCAACGCUGCGACUGACGACGACUAACCGCAGCUGUCCUACUGUGAGCCCACUGCAGACACUCGAAGUGGAGCAAAUUGCCGUGACGGAAUUCGGUUUGUCGGAGGACAUCCUCACCGAAAAUGCCGGACGAGGCAUCGCAGAAGCCGCAGUUACUCUGCUCUCCAAUGAUACAGCUGCUCCUACCAUUCUGAUCAUAACUGGUAACCACCGGACCGGAGCAAGAGCGAUCUCUGCCGCCCGCCAUCUCCGUAGCCGCGGACAUCGUGUCACCGUAUGCCUGCUCGGGCUGGAGCACGAAGAGGAGUUGCUCGAGAAUUGCCGCAAGCAGCUGGAUAUUUUCAGGAAGAUUGGCGGAAGAGUGCUCAAAUGGGAGGACCUUGCAGCGCGUCUCGCUACCGCCGACUUGGCUCCUGACUUGGUGAUUGAUGCCCUGUUUGGCAUGCACCUUGCCUUCGACGACCUGCGCACUGAUGACCAGGGCGUUGCGUUUGAGAUGAUUGCAUGGGUAAACCGUAGCAAUGUCGAAAUUCUCUCCGUCGAUGUUCCUUCCGGGAUGUCGGCUUCCAGCGGUGAGGUCACCAUGGCUGAUGGCGGUCGUCUGUGCGUCAACAGCUCAUCUGUGGUAUGCCUCGGGGCCCCGAAGACCGGAAUCCUCAAUGCUUUACUCAUCGGCGAAGGAGAUUCCUGGAAUCUUACCGUGGCCGACAUUGGUAUCCCGCAGAUCGUGUGGCGCAAGUACGGCACUCGUCGCCGUCACGGUAUCGACUUUGGCAACAGAUGGGUGGUACCGCUACGGCUGCAGACGCUGGCCGCAUAA